CGGAAGGCUGUAAAGCUGCCUGUAGCAGCUGCUGGUUUCCUGAAGUCUGAGCGGAUCCUCUGCAGAGAGUCGGUGGGCUUUAAGUGCCUUAUUGUUCCGAUGAUGAACCCAGUUUAUUAAAAAACGGAAUCAGCUCCGAACAGAGAAGUUCUGUCUGAUGGAUGCUGAGAGCGGGGAGGUGGUUCCUGAAACCGGGCCGCUGGCCGGAUGGCAGCUCAUCGCUCCAAGCUGCUCCGGACUGGACUUCGGUGGCUCAGAGAAAGUUCUGCAGAACUGGGCUGUGGACCCGGACUGUGUGACCAGAAACGACAGCGAAUCAGAAGACGUCAUGCUAGCGGUCGACCCGAACGAGGUGUUCUGCAACGCGCCGUCCGACCCGUCAUCGGAGAGCGACAGCGGUAUCUCAGAGGAGGCCCCCGUUGCCCUAGUGACAGCUGUAACCACGGCGACCAGCCAGCCGGCACCGGCAACAGUCUAUCAGGUGGUCUAUGACCUCGGCUCUGUGGGCGGAGCCAGGGCAGAACCCGGCCAGGAGAACAUCAUCUCCAUAGAGCUGGAUGAAUGGAGCUCCCAGCUGCUGUUUUCUGACUCGUGCGUCGUCAACGAGCUGCCGGCGCUCUCAUCAUCGUCGUCAUCCUCAGGCUGCCUCAGCUCCGCCAACAUAAGCUCCACCCCCUUCUCAGGUGGACACCAGCUGUUUCCCAACCUGCGGCUGACGGAGGAGGAGCAGAAGCUGCUGACGGAGGAGGGAGUUUCUCUGCCCAGCAACCUUCCUCUCACUAAGGCCGAGGAACGGAUCCUGAAGAAGGUUCGCAGGAAGAUCCGGAACAAGCAGUCGGCUCAGGACAGCCGGAAGAGGAGGAAGGAGUACAUUGACGGCCUGGAGAGCAGGGUGGCGGCGUGCUCGGCCCAGAACAAGGAGCUGCAGAGGACCGUGGAGCACUUAGAGAAGCACAACAUGUCCCUGCUGGCUCAGCUGCAGCAGCUCCGCUCGCUGAUCAAGCAGACGGCCAGUAAAGGAGCCCAGACCAGCACCUGCUUACUGAUCAUCUUGGUGUCCCUCAGUCUGAUCAUCCUGCCCAGUUUCAGUCCGUUCAGCCGCCGCCUGUCAGCCGACGACGACUACAGAACCACAGGAGUUUUAUCCAGAAACAUCCUGACGGACCCGAACUUUUCCAGCCCAACAGACGACGGCGACGGUCCUGCUUCACGAUCGGACUCCUCUUCCCCUCUGGCUGAGCUCAGCCAAUCAGGGCCUUCCGCUGCACUCCUAGAGCGGAUCAGAACCCCGGAGAGCUCAGCUGAGGAUGAGGUCCCUGGAAGGAGCCAAUCAGAGAACGGGACGGCUGCUGUCGCCGGGCAGACUGUGAAGGAUCAGAGGAGAGGUCCCGACACGGGCAAACCUGCACACGCGGAUGAGAUGUAACCCAAACCUGGACAAACAUGGCACUUUCCUCACCUGGACCCGGUUCCUAAACCAGAUCCAGUCUACAGAACCUCUCUCUGCCCGAUCUGGACCGGCCCGUUUAGACAGAGUUCUGUUCGGAUACGUUUCCGGGUUUAAACGCGAACCGUUUCUGUUUUUUUUCCAGCCCGAUUGGUUCUGCUGUAAUCGGUAAAUUAUUCGAAGCUAAAACUUUGUUUUCCGACUUGUCAUGUUUGAUGUCAGUGUCGCCAUGGAAACAUUUUUCCCCAGUUUGUUAACUUGCUGGAGCAGAACAGGAAGAAGGUCCAAAUCUUAGCUAAGUUUUUAACUUCUCCACGUGGAUGUGUGGGUUCUACUGGCUAACUGGGUCUGCA